CACUUGAGAUGGAAAUAUGCAAUCUGCCGAAUGCUGCCGCCAAGAAAAAUAAGAGCGGGGGAGCAGGGAUUUGGAUUUGGUUGAUUUGCUGUUUGUGGAGAUUCGUGCAACAUUAAACAGCAACGCGAGAGUUGGAAACUUACCUCCUCACUGUACAACUGUCAAAGGACAAGUGGAACCGCGCAUGACCCGGGAAUAGACUCUACUGUAAGGCCUUGCAAGAUAAUAAUCUAAAGAGAAAACUGAAGAAAUGGCAGCUCCUGGCCAGGUGGGGAAAGUCCGUGGAAGUAAAGGACGGAAUGACCGAGCGCUUGGUGAUCACGGUAAAACUGCGGCAACCAGAAUAAAAACAUCUGCUCACACCGCCACAUAUGGACAUAGUGCAAAAGUGCCAAACAGAUGGAAGGGAAGGCACAAAGCUGAGGACAACGAUCUUAAGGAACUCCCAGUCAUCGACGCAAAGAAAUAUAGCCACCACUGCCUGCAGUGUGAAGCCUCAUUUGUAUCGAAGUCCCAACUGGAAAAGCAUAUUCAGUGGAAACAUGCAGAAAGAACGCAGGCAGCAGUGGAUGUGAAAGUUGUAAAAACAGUUGGUCGAGGUCGAGGUAGAAAAAGGGCAACUGAAAAUGCAGAAACCUCGCCGAAGAAGUGCAAGAAGAAGAAGAGAGAUUUAAGUCGGCCCUCUGAGAAUGGGGAAUGUUCGCCGCAGAGCAGAAACAACAGCGUAACUAAAGCCACAAACGCUCAAGAUGCUCUGGUGUCUAAUGAGCCGAACAAAAGCAAGAAACAGAUAUUAUUGCCAGAGGAAGACCCAGAGCGAACAAAACACAGAAGGAAACAGAAGACACCUAAGAAGUUUACAGGAGAACAGCCAUCCAUAUCCGGCACUUUUGGACUGAAAGGCCUGUCAAAAUCAGAUGACAAGAGAAGGGGAAAAGGCAAGAAGAAAAAUAAGAGCUCAUGCACUGAAGAUGUGCAACAAAAACCUGUGGGAGUCCAUGUAAAAAAAGAACCUGUCACGCAUUUACCAGGUAGCCAGGAAGAAAAGUGGCAUCAGGAGAUUACAGAGAAAGGAGCGAUCAUCUGUCCUAACUGUGUGACUGUGCACCGAAAGACUGUGGCAGGUUUGAAGAAGCACCUGGAAAUUUGCAAGGAGUUGCAGGAUGCAUUGAAAUGCCAACAUUGCGGCAAGCAGUUUAAAUCUAAAGCUGGUCUGAAGUAUCACAUGCUGGCAGAACACAACAAUAAACCUGUGAUGAACACAGAGAAGUUACUGGAUGAACAGCAGGAACGUGACAGACUCCGAAGUGUUCUGAAACAAAUGGGAAAACUGAAAUGCCCCAAUGAGGGAUGUACAACAACAUUUACCAGCCUAAUGGGCUACCAAUAUCAUCUAAAAAGAUGUGGGAAGGAACCGCAAGAUAUUGAAAAAGCUGUUUUCAUUUGUGAGCAUUGUGAGAAAGAAUACAAAUCAAAGGCUGGUCACGACAAUCAUGUAAAAUGUGAACAUACAGAGGUAACUGAUGAUUCUGAUCACAAGUCGGUUGAUGAAGAGUUGGAGAAUUCAUUUGAGAAGACUCCGAGUGGGCGUAUUCGCCGAAGAUCUGCACAAGUGGCUGUCUUCCAUCUCCAAGAAAUUGCCGAGGAUGAGCUGUCAAAACUUUGGACUAGAAGAAGAAAUAAAGAUGACCUAGUCCCGGACAUCAAGCGACUUAAGUACACCCGUCCUGGAUUCCCCACGUUCAACCCCACACAACUGGAAAGUUGGAAAAAUGAAGUCAAAGAAAAUGGUCAGAUCUGCUGCCCAAAUAACCAUUGUGAAGCAAUUUACUCAAGUUUUUCUGGACUGAAGGCUCAUCUAGCAACAUGUACUAAGGGCGAGCACCUGGUCGGGAAAUACAGAUGUUUGAUUUGCCAGAAGGAGUUUAGCUCGGAAAGUGGAGUGAAAUAUCACAUCAACAAUUCACACUCUGAGAACUGGUUUAGGGCCUCUGCAGAAAUCCAACAGAGGAGCAGAAGAGAACUGAAGGUUGCAAACUCGGAGAGGAAGGAACCCUCGUCAGUCAAGAAGAGGGGUCGCAAGCCCAAGGAGAAAACGUUGGAGCUUUCGAGAAGGGACAAGGAGAUUGGGGGAGCACAGACCACGACAGAUCACACCACCAGCCAGUGCGCCCCAGGUCUGAAGAGCAAUAGCAAAGUGAAACGGAGGAACACCUUACCCAGCAGCAAAAAAGGAAGAUGCAAGGAGGAGCACAAUGAAUGUACACAUUAAGGUACAGCUUCACUACUCUGGGGACAUGUUCGCCCGGCCUCCAAGUACGAUAAAUGAAGAAUGAUAAAUUAAUAUAAGAUAGCACUACCUAACAAGUAGUACGAUAUAUUACGCACCUGCAUUUGGGCCCAGACAGGAUGAGUGUCUUUGCAGAGAAAUGCCACUCCUUGCAUCUAGGUUAAAAAUGAAUGGAGAAAUAAUCCAUAAGUCGUUUUAGCACAAAGGGUUAUAUGGCUAUUUAAUACUGCUUUGUUACUAUAUACUGCUCUAUGAAUUAAUAGUUUAUCAUUUUUUUUAAUAAAGUAGGCACUAUUACGGGGCAAAAGGUGUUAAAUACAAAAAAAAGAGAUUUGUUACGCUUUUUAACAAUAUUAAAAAUGUUGGUUUAUAGCUAGUAUUGGAUUGCACAUUGAUCAAAUUGGUUAUUUAUUUAUAUCGGUGAAAUUCUUUUUAUUAUUUAAACAGACAAAUUUAAUAAUUAAACUGCAAUCCAAGUCUAUUAGUUUAUAUUUCUAAUUAUUUAUCAAUAUAAACUAAUGUUUUUAUAUAGAACUAUAGAACCAAGGCUGUGUAUAUAUUUCCAAAAAAUAACUAUUAUAAAUGAUAUAAUAUACAUAUAUAUAAUAAAUGGUGGGACUGAAGGUGGUAGGGGUAAUUUUUAUAGGCAGGUGCAUGAUUUUCAUAUCAAUAAUUGUGGGCAGCUUCCUUAAGGGCAACGUGUAUAGUCAAAUUAAUCCUUGAAUAUGGUGAAUGUGACUUCUUAUUUCUAGGUUCAGUGCAUUGGAAUUACUGCAGAAUGCCUUAUUUCAUAGGCUCAUUAUUUUCGAAUGAUUUAGCGCCCGGUUUCAGGGUCUAGUAAUUGAAGGAUGACGUGCAGACCUAUCCAAGAAUCCAUAGAAACAUAGAAAACAGGUGCAGGAGUAGGCCAUUCGGCCCUUCGAGCCUGCACCGCCAUUCAAUAUGAUCAUGGCUGAUCAUCCAAAUCAAUAUCCCAUAGCUGUCUUCUCUCCAUACCCCCUAAUCCCUUUAGCCACAAGGGCCACAUCUAACUCCCUCUUAAAUAUAGCCAAUGAACUGUGGCCUCAACUACCUUCUGUGGCAGAGAAUUCCACAGAUUCACCACUCUCUGUGUGAAAAAUGAUUUUCUCAUCUCGGUCCUAAAAGACUUCCUUCCCCCUUAUCCUUAAACUGUGACCCCUUGUUCUGGAGGUCCAAGGUAGGAAGGUAGAGUUGCUGCCUUACAGCACCACAGACCCGGGUUCGAUCCUGACCACGGGCGCUGUCGGUACGGAGUUUGUACGUUCUCCCUCGUGACCUGCGUGGGUUUCCUCCAGGUGUUCCGGUUUCCUCCCACACUCCACAAAGAGUACAGGUUUGCAGGUUAAUUGGCUUGGUGUAAAUGUAAAUUGUCCCUCGUGUGUAGGUUAGUGUUCGUGUGCGGGGAUCGCUGGUCGGCGCGGACUCAGUGGACUGUAGGGCUUGUUUCCGCGCUGUAUCUGGAAACUAAACUAAACUUUGAUGAUGCCUCAGCACCGGCGAAGGCACAUUUGUAUAAACAGCAGAAACAAGGAACUGCAGAUGCUGGUUUAUACCAAAGAUAGAUACAAAGUGCUAGAGUAACAGCGGGUCAGGCAACACAUAAAGGACGGGUGUUGUUUCAGGUCAGGACCCUUCUUCAAAUUGAAAUUGAAACUUCAAAUUGAUGAAGGGUCCCGACUCGAAACAUCACCCGUCCUUUUUCUCCAGAGGUGCUGCCUGUUACUCCAGCACUUUGUGUCUACCUUAGGCACAUUUGUGUGUUGAGUUAAUGAAGGAAAUACACCAUCUGAUAUUUUCUGUAAUUAACCUUGGCGCAUUGUAAAACAGACAGGCUAACAAUGUCUUGCCAGAGAUUUUAAAUAAACAGGAGAAAUCUUGUUCACUGCUGUUCAACUACACUUGCCCUAUCUGCACUAAUUCCCCUUCCACUAUCUUCAUCCCAGUGUAUGCACUGUAGAAUAGACACCAACAAAUAUCUAAGGUAGACAAAAAUGCUGGAGAAACUCAGCUGGUGAGGCAGCAUCGAUGGAGCGAAGGAAUAGGUGACGUUUUGGGUCGAGACCCUUCUUCAGACUGAUGUGGAGGUGUGGGGGGGGGGGGGGGGGGGGAAGAAGAAAGGAAGAGGCGGAGACAGUGGGCUGUGGGAGAGCUGGGAAGGGGAGGGGAA